UUCGCUGGGACCUUGUCAGAUGGUUUGGGAAAGACAAUGGAUAACAGACAUCAAACCGAACGAGAAUACAUCCGGUAUCAUGCUGCAACUAGUGGAGAACAUCUCGUAGCUGGAAUCCAUGGACUUGCACAUGGUAUUAUUGGAGGAUUGACGAGUGUCAUAACUUCGACAGUUGAAGGUGUGAAAACCGAAGGAGGCGUCAGUGGUUUCAUAUCGGGCCUUGGCAAAGGGCUGGUGGGCACAGUAACCAAGCCUGUGGCUGGAGCUCUGGACUUCGCCUCGGAAACUGCACAGGCAGUGAGGGACACUGCCACCCUAAGUGGCCCCAGGACACAAGCGGAGAGAGUGAGAAAGCCACGCUGCUGUAGAGGGCCUCAAGGGCUCUUGCCCCGCUAUUUAGAAAGUCAAGCAGAAGGACAAGAACAGCUGUUCAAACUGACCGACAACAUCCAAGAUGAGUUCUUCAUAGCAGUGGAGAACAUAGACAGCUACUGUGUUCUCAUUUCGUCUAAAGCUGUUUAUUUCCUGAAGAGUGGUGAUUACACAGACCGCGAGGCCAUCUUCCUAGAAGUCAAGUAUGAUGAUCUCUACCACUGCCUUGUUUCAAAAGACCAUGGGAACGUGUAUAUACAGUUGACGAAGAAAGCUGUUAAUACAAGUAGUGGUGUAGCAAUGCCAGGCCCAUCACAACAAAAACCAAUGGUGAAAGUGAAAUCUGAAGUUCUUGCAGUAAAGCUAUCUCAAGAAAUAAACUAUGCAAAGAGCCUUUAUUAUGAACAACAGCUUAUGUUAAGACUCAGUGAAAAUCAAGAACAAUUAGAGCUGGACUCUUGAAACCUCUUCCUUACUGCCAGAAUGAAUUGCAAGUAUCAGUCUGGAGCCAAUGGUAUUCUGUAACUAGAGACACUACUACAUGGGAAGGAAAUAAAUGCAAUUUUAGUAUUUAGCUAAAUGAAAUCAUUGUGCAUAAGAAAACAAGUGAGGUGGGCUUUUUUUUUUUUUUUAAAUUAGUUGUAUAACAAAGAUAUAGCUGAAACGCAUUUGGUUCUAGAAGAAGCCCUGUAUUUUGCUAACAUGUAUAUAUGUAAAAGUGUUUCAUGUAAAUAAGAGACCAGGGUGUUGGUAUAAAUAGACGUCUGUUUACUGUGUAAAGAAAUUAAAGGAGCUAUACUGAGUCUUACUGCA